AGUAGAAGUUUGUGACAAGGUUGGACCUAGCCGGCCACCUGCCGUUAUCGGCUGCACUCAGAAUUCUUCGUAUACCGACCGAGUGUGUGAGGCACGAAUACAGAACGACGCCACGCCCUACAACCUGACUUGUGUCAUGGAUCAAGUCAAACCUGCCGUUCACCUAAGGUGGAUCCGUUUGUAUCUAGGUGGAUUUACAGAACUCAACGCUUCUACCACGACCAAGCCUGUAGUUCUACCCCCGUACACUGGUUUGUCGUUGAGAAACAACACGUACUCGACUUCGGCAUCCAUCCAAGUAAACGAUGUCAGCGAUGAUGCAGUCUAUCAGUGUGAGGCAGUGGGUGUUGCUGUAGGCAGAGGCAGUCGCAUGACAGUACACUUCACAAAAAAUGUCCACACCACAUCGACACGUGACGAUAUGCAGCCAUCUAUCAAACAAGCUACAACACCCGCUUUGGAUUAUGACGUGACAAUAACUGAAUCUGAGGCAGCAGGAAUAAACCGAGGGCUGAUUGCCGUAGUAGCUGUGCUUUCUGUCUUAUGCUUCACCUCCAUCAUUUACAGUAUACACGUGAGGAUUAACCAACUGAAGUGUCUCUUUCGAAAGGGCUGCGUUUGCUCCAGCCUUCCAGCGCCAAACGACUGCUCUGAGCUCAACGUGCCAAGAACAAGACUUAGUGUAGUUCGCUGAACAUCACUAGAAUAACAUCUUUUCAAAUGGACGAAAUGAACGUGAUCUUGGGCCUAAAUAUCAUUUGCUUUUUCGUAAUCUGAAUAAGGCAGAUUGGUCUCCAGCCUGUAACGCGUUGAUCUUCGUACUUGGUCAUGUUUUGAAAACUCUCCUGAAGAAAUGUGAUGGACAUCAAUAUCAAUUAAGAUGUCAAUUUAGAUUCAUUCUGCUUGAAACAUUGGCGUGGCGACGUUGUCUCAAACCCACAUGAUUCUCUUCCAAAAAGAAAAAGAACUAUGAAGAGGUAAAAAAGAUACUACUCAGCGCUCCUCGUGUCAGUAAAAGCUUUUCUGCAUUUUGCAAGUAUCAGUUUUAUUCUGAUUAACAGCCGUUGCUGAUUCUGGUGCAAUUUCUGUUGUUUGGUUUUAAACCAGCAACUCUGGGAAGAAAAUAAAUUGAAAACUGAUGACGUAGAACCAAUGUUGGCUACAUCAUAAGCUUACAGAAUAAAGGUACCUUGCACACGUGCUGCCGAUAUUUCUAAAAUCUCACAGGAAUUUCACAGAUUUCCUCUUAGAUGCAACCUACAUUAUUAGGCUGUAAUUUAUAUUACAUUACAUAUUGCAUUUUACUUACUUUAACAGGCAUUCGGGCCGCAUUCAGUGUAUACUGGUGUGUGCUACUUUUAUCUGUGUAAUCUGAUGUUAACAAUUAUCUGUAUAAUUAUAGCUCUGUGCCCUUGGACAUAACAGCCAUUAUUUACCGCAUUCGUAAACAUAAUAUUAUGUCUACUUACACAUAAAAUGCUGCAAAUUGUCAAGCUUAAUUUGUUUUACUUUUUGUGUAAUCUGUUUCUAGCAAUCAUCUGUAUAUAGCACUGUGCUCCUGGACACGUUACGGACCACUUAAUCCGGCCCAUUAUUUGCCACAUUAAUAAAUAUAACACAUGUGCAUGUAUCUACUUAAAAAUAACAUGCUGUAAAUUGUCUAGGUUUCCUCCUUAAGAAUAUGCAAAUCUUCCAAAGUACUUAUGUCUGUUUAAAUAUCAAAAAGCUAGGACGUACAAUUUUCCCGUGGUUAACUCUUUGAAUGAGAUUCCCUGUUAAUAAAUUGUCAAUUAGAACGGAAUGUAGGAAUUUAAAUGUCAAUAAAUAGUAUCGAUGUCAGGCUUCAGCAAUCCUCAGCGUCACUGACUCGUAGCAUCGGGGAGUAUUAUUUUUUUGUAGCAAAUAAUUACCGCAUUGCUUUGUGAUUUAAGAGUAAUAUCAUUACAGUGUAUUUGCUGCCACUGAUCAGAGAAUUUCUUCCCAGUAAAAUAUAUGAGGUCAAAGAGUAUUUAAAAUUAAACAGUAUUUUGUAAAAAGAAUAAAGCAUUGGGAUGCAUAGUUGUUUGAGUC